UUUCAAAGAAAAAAAAAGAAGGUCUAAAAUCAAUCACAUGGCAGCAGGUUGCCUUUCUGAUUUAGCCUUCUACCCACGCUUGCACAGACUCAUACUGACAAAGACAGAACACACAGAAAAAGAAAACAAAAACUUGGGACAGAGACUGCGCACAAACAUCGCUGUCUUGUUUCUCUCUCUUUUAAAUUCAUUUUAUAUAUAUAUUUCUUUUCUUGAUUGCUCGACCCAUUUUCGGAGCUCCGACCCAAAAGGGUCGUUUUAAUUUUAUGGAGUGGAUUUUUUGGCUCUCACAUUUUCGUUUUUUUUUUUUUUUUUUGUUUCACUCGCCGGAGCAAAAAUGCUCUCUGGGUUUUCACAGGAACCGGCGGAAUGUACUCUGUCAUUCCGGCGCUGCCGAUGGACGGCGGCGGCGGCGGAAAGUUUCAGGGUUCUCUAGAUGGAACGAAUCUUCCUGGAGAUGCUUGUUUGGUUCUCACGUCGGAUCCCAAGCCACGCCUCCGAUGGACGGCGGAGCUCCAUGAGCGAUUCGUCGACGCCGUCACUCAGCUCGGCGGCUCCGACAAGGCAACCCCAAAAACAAUUAUGAGAACAAUGGGAGUAAAAGGCCUCACCCUUUAUCACUUAAAAUCACACCUCCAGAAAUAUCGGCUCGGGAAGCAAUCGUUCAAGGAAUCGACGGAGAACUCGAAGGAUGCUUCUUGCAUUGCAGAAAGUCAAGAAACAAGUUCGUCAUCAUCGCCAUCAUCGAAAAUAAUAGCUCGAGAUUUGAACGAUAGUUUCCAAGUCACGGAGGCGUUACGAGCACAAAUGGAGGUUCAAAGAAGGCUGCACGAGCAGCUCGAGGUGCAGCGUCGACUUCAACUUCGCAUUGAAGCACAAGGAAAAUACUUGCAGUCGAUACUCGAGCGGGCGUGUCGAGCAUUGAGCGAUCAGGCUGCAGCAUCUGCUGGACUCGAAGCUGCACGAGAAGAGCUCUCUGAACUUGCAAUGAAAGUAGCCAAUGAGUCUAAAGACAUAGCACCAUUGGAGACUCAAAAAGUGCUUCCCUUUUCAGAACUUGCUGCUGCUCUAGAAAAUCCAAAGGCUCCUACGGUUAUGCCUCGAGUAGGCGAUUGCUCGAUGGAUAGCUGCCUGACAUCAGCUGGAAGCCCGGUUUCCCCGAUCGGAGUAGGAUCAACUACCACCGGAAUGAAGAGACCGAGACCAGUUUUUAGUCAUGGAGAUUCAAUGGCGCUCGAGGGCAAUGCUCGACGCGACGUCGAAUGGAUGGUGAGUAAUGUUGGAUGAAAAUUAGGACUUUGCCUUAAAAAGUACAGCCUUUUCUUCUGAGCUACUUGCUCUCUUGUUCACUUCUGUAAUGGAAGUAUUAUACAAUCUGUUUUGUGGCUUGUAAAUUCUCAUAAUCAGACGCUUUUGGCCUCUUUGAUCUUCA